AUAGAAUGUUCGUUGAAAAUUGAUCUUUACAAUACCUAUAUUCAUAUUUCCCAAUCUAUUCUUACGAUCCCAACACUUUUUAAAUGAAAAUGUUUCUGUGUUCUGUUGAUGAAGUGUUUUUUAAAGUUUUGUUUAUUGUUUCUAUUAUACCUUCACCCCUUCUUUUACUAAAAGGGCUGCUAGGUACCGGUUACAUCAGUUACAAUUUGCAGAUGAAGCUAUAACAUAGGUAUAAGACUUUCACAGCAAACUUUAUGAAAGUCGCCAUGCCAACAAGAAUCAAUAAAUCGCUCAUAAUAGGUGCGUUAUUAUACCUACCUCAUCACACCUAUCGCUGUGCAAAUUUACUGCAUAAUAUGUAUAUGUAGAAGCACGCUGACGUCAAAGUGACAAAUUAUCCAUUACUGGUAUACCACGAAAAUACCGAAAUGGAGGGCGAAGAAGAAUUUCAAAUUGUUGAACAGGUUCAAUCGGCCGAAACUCUUCCAGUAAUCGAGGUUGAGGAGCUCAAUCCCGAAGGAUAUGGAAUCGACGAUUUUCAACCUACCGCCGUAUUUGAAGAAAACAAAGAUUUGGACGCUAUCCCACCUACUGAUGCCGAUACAGAAGAAACCUCAAAACCAGAAGACCAAGCUCCUGAUACGGAACAAGCUGUAGCCGAAGCAGUGACCGAAGCAGUGGCCGAACCAGGUGAAACGCCGGACGCUGAAGAGUCGGCGAAAGUGGUUGAAGAUGUCAACGAAGGAAGAGUGUCAAUCCUGCAGAGAAAAUCUAAAGAAAAACGUCGUGAUUCUGAAAUGGGGCCCAUCUCCAAAGAGAGUCUCCUGAUGGAUCAGUUUGCAUUGAUUUCUCCCGAAGAAGAGGAGGAGGAAGAAGAAGAAGAAGAAGAGCAAGAAGAAGUAGAACAAUACAUCCCAAUCGACCGCGAACCGUACUAUGCACGCUACAAGCUACUAAUUCCAGAACGCAACUCCAAAAAGGUCAAAAAUAACCUACUACAUCGCAAAAUGGCGGAAUACUUCAAAAAGAAGAAGAUGGAGCACGUACUCAAGGAAACGGACCAAGACGUCGACUCCCAACAGAAAUACGAAAAAAAGCUGCAAGCGCUGGCGGAAUUCAAAAUCUUAGAGGCACGCGAAAGGAACAGUACAGCGAACGAACUGGACGACAUGCGCGCACAAAGAGAUGAACAGCUCGCUCUUCUCAACCACCAGUUUGACGCGAUGCAAAGUAGGGAGAAGGAAGUUGGCAGCGGUCUCAUCAACACCAAAACUGGAAGAGAAAUUCCGACGAAGUUAGUAGAACAACUGAUAAAAAGGCAAAAGGAUAAGACGACCGAAAUUGCAAGUAAGCGUCUCGCUUACAUCAAAUUGAGAGACCGCGUAGGCGAGAAAAAGGAUGCCCUGCACAAGCUGGAUGUGAUCGGUGAAGAUUUGCAUUUGAUAGACUACGAGCAGUUGCAAAUCGAGCAUGCGAGCUACACUGACAAGGUAAAAGAACGUGAUGCAGAACUAAUCAGGCUGAGAUUCAAAUGUUCCGGUUCGAUGCAAUGCCUUGCGCACGUUAGGGAGAAAUGCGCCGCGCUUCAAAUGGAUAUGCAACAGUUGAAGGAGCAGUACGAAGAUGUGGGGAGUGAAGCAGAUGAUUGUAGGGAGCGAUUAAAUUGUGUAAAACAAGAACGGGACAAUUAUCGCACGAGCAUUCGUCGAUUGGUUGACGAUUCGGGUUUGCUGACGAAACCGAAAUUACUAUCGCACAUGGAACAGUCGUUGGAGGAAGUGAAAAUGUUGGAUCCGCGCAUUGACGAGUACAAACGACAUUUCGAAAUGACCGAGCAGGCGUUAAAGGCGAUCAAAGAUAACUUGGCUAAUAAUCGCACGAGGAAUAGUACCUCGUCCCAAUCAUCAGAAAUAACGAAGGGCAGGAAAAGUUACAAAGGGCGGCCAACUUUGUUUAUUCCAAUGCUACCACCCGCUUCUUCUGAUGUAUGCAAUUACAAAUAAAUUCAUUUCACUUUAA